AACAAACACCAUUGAGUUUCCUCCAAAAGAAAGGAAAAGAACAAUGGCAAGCAAAUUGCAUGUUCGAUCAAACAGUUUGCCAAAUGGAUCUCAUCCAUGCUCCUCAAGAGUGCAAGAGCAGUUGAACAACCUCAGGAACUUUGAAGCAACCUGCACAUCUGAGUCGGUUGUCAAAGGCUUGUCCUUGUUGGAAGAUAUAUACUUCUCCUUGGACAAUCUUCUCAAUGUCGGUUCAACCCAGAAGGCCAUUUCUGAUCAUCAAAGUGAGAAAUGCUUCCAAGAGAUCUUGGAUGGCUCAAUCAAAGUCUUGGAUGUGUGUGGCAUCGCAAGGGACACUGUCAUGCAGAUCAAGGAGAAUGUACAAUCCCUUCAUUCAUCUCUUAGAAGAAGAAAGGGAGACUCAUGCAUUGAAAAGAGCAUAGCCGAAUACAAUUCCUCCUCAAAGAAGACGAGGAAGAAUGUCAACAAGUUGAUCACAUCUUUGAAGCACCUACAAAGCAAAUAUGGAAUCUUAAAUCAGCAUCAAGAUCUUAGCAUUCUAAGCGAAGUGAUAGCAAUGAACAUGUGUGUCUUCCAAUGUCUGCUAUCAUUCUUGGGUGGUCCUUCAAAGUCAAAGGCAAGCAAAUGGAUGAACAAGUUGAUACAAAAGGGAGAAGUGAACUCAGAGAGUGGCAAUGAAUUGCAAUUGGUGGAUGCAGCUUUGAACACCCUCUUAAAUGAAGGUGCUAAAGGCUCCCGGAUUCAAGCUUCCAAUGAACAAUUAGAGGCUUUAGAGAUUGCUAUUGAAAGCAUUGAGAGUGGAUUGGAGAACUUAUUUAGGCGCAUGAUUAAGACUAGAACAUCCCUUUUGAACAUAUUAUCCCAGUAGAAUACACACUAUCUU